GUUCUUUGGAGAGUGGCCGCUGCACUUCCGGUGCAGACGUGGCUCUGUACUGCUGCCAUCUUGACGCUAGGCUAGCGAGCAAGCGUUUAUCCUCAAUUGAGCUGGAUCGUCGUCCCUUGCAUAUUUGGAGUGGUUGAAACAACCGAAGCAAAAAGAGACAAGAAACUGAAGGCAGUCAUUUUAUAACGAGAGGAACAAAAAUGGUGCUGUUGGCAGCGGCGGUUUGCACCAAGGCUGGAAAGGCCAUUGUUUCACGACAGUUUGUCGAUAUGACGCGGACACGAAUUGAAGGUCUCCUUGCGGCAUUCCCAAAACUAAUGAACACAGGAAAGCAGCAUACCUUUGUGGAAACAGAUAGUGUCCGUUAUGUUUAUCAGCCACUGGAGAAGCUCUACAUGGUCCUCAUCACCACCAAGAACAGUAACAUCCUUGAAGACCUUGAGACACUAAGGCUCUUUUCUCGUGUGAUCCCAGAAUACUGCCGUGUACUGGAGGAGAGUGAGAUUUCAGAGCACUGUUUUGACCUGAUCUUUGCCUUUGAUGAGAUUGUAGCUUUGGGCUACAGAGAGAAUGUCAACCUGGCUCAAAUCCGCACCUUCACAGAGAUGGACUCCCAUGAGGAGAAGGUCUUCCGUGCUGUAAGAGAGACCCAGGAAAGAGAAGCAAAGGCUGAGAUGAGGAGAAAGGCCAAGGAGCUGCAACAGGCUAGAAGGGAUGCUGAACGCUCUGGCAAGAAGGGACCAGCUUUUGGUGGCUUUGGCAGCGGUGGCAUGACUAGCAUUUCUUCAGGAUCUAUCAUCACGGAAACCAUUGUCGAGCCUGAAAAGCCCAAGAUCACACCAGCUCAAGUCAGACCUAGUGGACCAAGUAAGGCACUGAAGUUGGGUGCUAAAGGGAAAGAGGUGGACAACUUUGUUGACAAGUUGAAGUUGGAAGGUGAAACGAUCAUGCCGUCCUCUGGGAAGAGAGGUUUAGAUGUUUCUAAAGCUCUGCCACCACCAGUCAAUGUAGAGAGUGUACAUUUACGUGUAGAAGAGAAGAUCUCGCUCACUUGUGGUCGUGAUGGAGGGCUGCAGAACAUGGAGGUGCUGGGCAUGGUCACACUACGAGUCACAGAUGACAAGAAUGGACGCAUCCGCCUUGUUCUCAUCAAUAAUGACAACAAAGGAUUACAGCUACAAACGCAUCCCAAUGUGGACAAGAAGUUGUUCACUGCUGACUCAGUGAUUGGCCUGAAGAACCCCGAAAAGUCCUUCCCUCUCAACAACGAUGUCGGCGUGCUAAAAUGGAGACUACAGACAACAGAUGAAUCACUCAUACCUUUAACUAUAAACUGCUGGCCUUCGGAGAGUGGCAACGGCUGUGAUGUCAACAUUGAAUAUGAGCUGCAGGAGGAGAGCCUGGAACUCAAUGAUGUGGUCAUUACCAUACCAGUGCCCUCUGGUGUGGGUGCUCCUGUGAUUGGAGAUCUGGAUGGAGAGUACAAACACGACAGCCGACGAAACGUCUUAGAGUGGUGCCUACCUGUAAUUGAUGCCAACAACAAGACUGGCAGCCUGGAGUUCAGCAUUAGUGGACAGCCCAGUGAUUUCUUUCCCGUGAAUGUGUCCUUUGUGUCUAAACGUAACUACUGCGACAUCCAGGUUGCCAAAGUGACACACGUAGAUGGUGACGGCUCCGUUAGAUUCUCUUCAGAGACCUCGUUUGUUGUCGACAAAUAUGAAAUCCUGUAAUCAUAUUUGAAGAAAAAGUGGGAAAAGAAAUGGCCCAAGAAAAAUAGUCCACGUCUGUGCUCCAGAGAACGCUUUACAAUUCCUUGCUUACCCCCCCUGUAUACUAUGACACAGACUGUACAUCAACAGGACUCCAUCAUCCCUCUGGAAAAUGCUGCUCCAAGUGGGGCAGAGCUGCAGUGGUGUAUUUAUGUUUGUAAGAGUGAGAUGAUCAUUUGUAGCGUUAAUCGAAAUUUCCAAACAAGAGUGAUACUGUUGCCGACCCGAACAGAGGCUGAUGGAAGAUGAUUGCAGGGCAGGCCACUCGUCACAUCGUGGUCAGUUUAUCAGAAUGAUGUUGGGGAAACCUGAGAACACGAGACACUUGUAUGAGCCUUCGUUAAAAUUGGUGAAAUCACUUAACAUUCAUCCUCCACACCUGUGCUUCUUACUUUUAAUGUUGCAUUGCAAUAGUUUAUGGCUGAUAUGGGGUUUUCGCUUUCUGUUUCAGAUUUUCUUAACUGCAGAGUUCUGUUUGUAUCUGUCAUGAUAAGCAAUGAAAUAAUUGUUUUUCUCUCCAAUA